GAUCGCUGCGAAUCUGCCACUGAGGUCGCGGGAGGACAAUCAGAGUCCCGCCUGCAAAAGGACGGGAUACAGCGGGAGGAGUUGGAAGGAAAAUGUGGGCCGGCGGCGCACACACUUGACUCGGAAAGCCAGCCUCCCAUCCAUCUGGAUCCCGGGGAAAGCGAAGACCCGGCUCUGGCACGUUCGUGGACUUUUCAAAGCCUUUUUGUUUCUGCUUUUUCGGAGCGGGGCGAGGGGCGAAUGUCGUUUCAGUAGGUGGCCCUUGGCUUAAAAUGUUUGGAAACUGUUGCUGCCUUGGCUUAAAAUAUUUGGAAACUGUUGCUGCGUUGGAGGUACUUAAGAAGCAGGAAGUGGCUCAGGAUACGACGCUGAAAAACAAGAGCGCAGGACAACAGACGCAUUGCUAUUAGUCAUAGGGAAUCUCCAGCGGCAAGUGCAGUACUGUAUAUGCUGCCAGGUAUUAACUAGGAAGCAAAUAGCUCUCGCCUUCCUGUAUGCUUCUGAGAAGCGUCUGCUUAGCCACACUGGAAUGCAGGAUGGCAGAGUGCAUUGGACUUUGGGCCGAUGCAGCAGGACUCUUAAUAAUAAUGAUAAUAGCAACAGCAACAACUUAUUCUAUCAGCGCAGAACACUAGCCAAGGAGGACCAAAAUUGAGAAGAUCCAUAAUUGGCCUCGACACGAUCCUAUGGCAGUUCAGCCGCCGCCGGAUUCUCAAAAGCAAGCCUCUGCAUAUGCAGAAGAAUAUGAUAUCAUCACCGAAGAAGACAUCGAAGAGAUUAGGGACGCACUUGAAGGAGGAAGAAUGGCAGAAGCAGCAUCCAAAAUAUUGGAAAACCUGCAGGCUUUGGAGAAUGCCCAGCUGGACAUUGCAGUAACGGGAGAGUCUGGCGCCGGCAAGUCCUCGUUUGUCAAUGCCAUUCGAGGCCUAGGGGAUGAAGACGAAGGAUCUGCCGACACUGGGGUUGUAGAGACCACGAUGGUGCCCACUCCUUAUCCACACCCCAAGCACCCCAACGUGACUGUGUGGGAUCUGCCCGGAAUCGGCACUCCAGAUUUCCAGUCCAGCACUUACCUGGAGCAGGUCAACUUCUCCCGCUAUGACUUCUUUAUUCUCAUUGCCUCAGAACGCUUCAAGUCCAACCAUGCCCAGUUGGCGAAGGAAAUCCAGCGGCUGGGCAAAUGCUUCUAUUUUGUGCGCUCAAAGGUAGACUCAGAUCUAGAGGCCACCAAAAAGCGCCGGCCAAAAGCCUACGACGAGGAGGCGAUACUGAGGAAGAUUCGAGAGAAUUGCAAAGCGUGCCUUCAGGCCGAAGGAGUGGCUGCUCCCCAGGUCUUCCUCCUUUCCAGCUGGGAACUAAACAAGUAUGACUUUAUACAGCUUGAGGAGACGCUGGAGAAGGAGCUGCCGAGCCACAAGAGACAUGCAUUCCUCAUGGCCCUGCCAAACAUCUCUUUGGCCAUCUUGCAGAAGAAGAAAGAGGUCUUGCAGAAGCAAAUCUGGAAGCUGGCUACCGUCUCAUGUGGAAUAGCAGCUGUGCCCAUCCCAGGCCUCUCUGUAGCUUGCGAUACAGCUAUUCUGGUUAAGUCUCUUUCGGAAUACCGUCAGAACUUUGGCCUAGACGAAGAAUCCCUCGGCAAAUUAGCUGAGAAAGUUGGCAAGACUGUGGAGGAGCUUAAAGAGGUGAUCAAGUCACCACUGGCCAAAGAAAUCUCCAGGGACCUCGUGGUGAAGAUGCUAACCAAAGCCGGUGGAGGAGCGUUGAUGCUGGUGGAGUACUUUGCCAGCACAAUCCCUGUAUUUGGCUCCGUGACAGCUGGAGGGAUAUCCUUUGGAACCACCUAUUACAUGCUUUACAGCUUCCUAAAUGAGGUGGCAGGUGAUGCUCAUAGUGUCCUCAUCAAGGCCUUUGAGUCUGAUGUUUGAAAGAGUUCUUCGGAUCUCGUGUAGUGGAACAUGAUGGGUGCUUAGCUUCCAAAUGUAUGGAACGGCACCAAAUCAAACAGAGCUCUGUCCUACAGUUCCCGGGGUUCUUUGGGGAAAGCUAUGACAGUUAAACUAGAAUGAAGCUGGUUGAAACUUGUCGUGUAGAUGUGAGCCAUAUGCAUUUGACUGGAGGCCUUUUUGAAUUGGCUUGCUUCCUUUAGUGAAAAACUGGAUGGUGAAUGUUUAAUUUUGUUUUAAUGUUACCCCUCUAAUGACUUUAUAACUAAAGCCAAGAUUGUGCUGUUUUAUAGUGAAGCUCCUUGGGCAACGUUCAGGGCUUAACUUAACAAAGAACUGGAACACAAAUCAGUUCCUUUUUUACUAGUGGUUCAAGCCACAGAUUGUGACAACCUGAAUCUUUAGGCCUGUCUUGCUUUCCUUUCUUUUUUCCUUUUGGAAUAAUAAAAUGUGGCUAAUGUAAAGCAUCUAGAGUGGACAAGUUCCUUGGUUUGAAGCAGAAGAUUUAAAACAAGUGGCAUCUUCUCACUCAUAAGUAACUCUGAGCCAGGUCCCAUUGUCCUCUAGGAAAAACUUUUAUCUGGCCAGCUCCAAUCCCAUUAGCUAUAUUGGAUCUCCAGGUUAACUUCUAGAUUCAAUAUUAAAGCAACAGCCCAUACUAAGGAGGAAAAAAAUAAAGGCUGGGAGAAAUUUUAAUGGGAUGGGGCACACAUUUCCCACGAGCCUUUUGGGAGCUGUAGGUAAGCCCAAUAACAUUUUGUUCAGAUUUUAAAAAUGCAUUCUUUGGCAAAUGAAAUACUGAGCUUGGCUAAUAACCCAAGGAAGUUUAACCAAUUUGUUCAGCAAAUCCUCUCGAUUCUGAGUACACGUGUCGCUUAACAAGUAAGACUAGUAAACCAUGGCUUUGGUUUUAUAAACUGAAUUCAUACAAGACAUGUUGGAGCUACCUAUUAUGAGCCAAAAUCUAAAUUUCCAUGUUUCUUAUAAAUCCUGCUCUAAUCAAACAUGGUAAGCGUUUUUGAGGGGGAGGGGCAUAAGACAACUUAUGAAAACUAAGUACAGAAACCAUACGAGAAUUCCAGGUCUUGUCAGAUCUCAAUUGCUGUGAUGUAGCUUUCCAGACAGCAGAAUGUUUCAUGUUUCCUGGGGCACUGCUCUGCCAUCUAACAUUUCUCUGAGGCCAAAGCAUGAUGUGGUUAUGUCUACGAACGUUAUCUCCAACCACUUCUGUCAGGGUUUGUUGUGACUACUCUUGAGUAACGACCGUCCACAUGCUUGUCUUUCAGACGUUUUUAUUGGUGCACAUUAUUUACAGUGUAACGGAUUGCUCAUUUCAUGUCUACCCACUCAAGUCAGAUUCCUGCACUAAUUCCUUCCGCGUUCGCGACCAGCAUAAAAGCCUCGGAACUGAGAAGCGCCUCCCUUUCCUCCUCUUUCUCAAUUCCGGCGUCAGAGGGACGGGUCUUCUGUCUGACCUAUUCUUGUCCACUCUUCCCGCCUCCCUCUCUUCCUGCCUAUGGAACAGGGGCUCUUUAGUGUUGCCAGAGCCCUGAUACUCCCUCUCCGUUUCCUGACUCGCCCAUUCAGACCCCUCGCUCUCAUGACUGCUUGGAGACGGGCUGCUUCUGAUGAGGGGGGGGGGGUCUCUAUAAUCCCUUCCCCCUUACAACAUCUAUGAAGCAUGACAGGAAUCAUGUCACAGACGAAAACCUCUCAAGGGAUUUGGCUGUAGUACAUGUACUUCACUUCUGCCACAAAGUCAGUGACAGUCAGCAGAACAGGCUGUCAUGACGAUGGUAGGAAGCGAUGGAGGGAAAAGCAGUGAAGUGUUCCCUGGAGGAAAUAUCCUGGCAAAGCAGCACCCAGCACAGUUGACCCCUGCAUCCCGCCCAUCAGCUGAUUGACAGGUGGAUGUGGUUUUGUGGAUAUCAUUUUGUGGGUCAGAUUACACCCAAAAGUGGCCCAUGGACCAGAGAUUCUCCACCCCUGUGCUAAAGAGAUGUUCUGCCACCUCCAAGGUGGAUUGGAGGAAAUAAAAUAUAUAUUUUCAAGCCAACUUUCAUUUCUCACAUGAGCACAUCGCUUGAGAAUCAUGCUUGCUUAUCUUUUUCUAGGUCAGGGUUUCCCAAACUUGGGUCUCCAGCUGUUUUUGGACUACAACUCCCAUCAUCUCUAGCUAACAGGAUCAGUGGUGAUGGGAACUGUAGUCCAAAAACAGCUGAAAACCCAAGUUUGGUAAACCCUGCUCUAGGUUGAGUCUUCCGAUACCCCUUCUUCAGAGGGAUGCAAUGAUGGACAUUAUUCUUUCAAUAAUUAUAUAGGCCAGGCUAUGCUCAACAUAUAGGUAUCUAUGCAUAUCCACACUGGAGAUACUGUUAGCAAAGGAGGCAGUCCAGAGUUUUGGGGGAGAAAGCCACACACAAUGUGAAACAGCACGAACAAUUUAUUAAACAAGAAUGUCAUAUUCCCCAAAGGGAAGUUACUCUUAACUCACAUUGCUGCAGGAACAAGAAAGCUAGGCUUGGAUCGAGGAAAGGGGCAGAGACUUGAGGAGGGGGAGAUGUGUUGGGGUCCACAUCCCUCCAAAUGGAAGGUUAUGAGCAACACACUCGACUACAGGGAAGUACUAUCUCAACAUAUACAAAGCAACAACUCUCGCUCCCCACUGACCUUUGCCCUGACCCACCACUGCAACUGCGGAUAUAUAUUUUUUCUGCCCAGAAGGGUAGGAGGAGGUUGCAGGUGGUUCUGUCAUAACUCCUACACUGGCUUCUGCUUUCUGGAGGGAGUCGCAG